AUGAGUCACAAUGGUAUUCUUCAUCAAACAUCUUGUGUUGAUACUCCUUCUCAAAAUGGGGUUGCUGAAAGAAAAAACAGGCAUUUAUUUGAACUCCAUUUUGAAACAGGAAUUAAAGUAGUGGAUCUUUUAGCUCCUUAUCCCCGUGGAGGAAAAAUUGGACUAUUUGGGGGAGCUGGAGUGGGUAAAACAGUACUCAUUAUGGAAUUGAUCAACAACAUUGCCAAAGCUCAUGGGGGUGUAUCUGUAUUUGGCGGAGUAGGUGAACGUACUCGUGAAGGAAAUGAUCUUUACAUGGAAAUGAAAGAAUCUGGAGUGAUUAAUGAAAAAAAUAUUUCAGAAUCAAAAGUGGCUCUAGUCUACGGUCAGAUGAAUGAACCGCCGGGAGCUCGUAUGAGAGUUGGUUUGACUGCCCUAACUAUGGCGGAAUAUUUCCGAGAUGUUAAUGAACAAGACGUACUUCUAUUUAUCGACAAUAUCUUCCGUUUCGUCCAAGCAAGAUCCGAAAGUAUCUGCCUUAUUGGACAGAAUGCCUUCCUUUGUGGCUCGUGCACUCAUGUUUCAAAUGAAGGUUCCGAAACAAUUUUGGGUUGA